UCUGGGUAUCACUUCAUCUCUCUAAUGUAACAUAAAUGUCAGGUACGUGGAGCAUGUCAAGAAUGUCAACGUCAAAAGAAUACACAUCAACACAACAUCUGACUUAAUAAAUAUAGCAAAAAUAUUCAUGUUUUUCCAAAUAGGCUUUUAGCGUCACUCUCGCUAUUGCGAAAAAUGUCUGAUAAGAUGUGGGGUAAGGACAACCCCGAUCCUGGGGGAACUGACAGAACGGGUUCUUCGGUUCAGGAACUUUCUGAGCUUAAGGAUCAGAAUGAGCAGCAACUGGUUCUUAUUGCUCAACUAAAGGAGAUGCUUCGCAAAGAACAGAGCAGUGUAUCUCAAGAUAAGGUCGAGGAAUAUGUAAAUACCUUAAAUAGAGCGCGGGCGAAGCGCUCGAAAUUAAAAAAGGAAUCUGGGUCUAGUUCAAGCUCUAGUACAACUGCUACAGUGAAUAUAGAUGCUAUUAAAAAGGAAAAAAUAAAUUUGUUGAGGCAGCAAUUAGAAGAAAAUAAAGCAAAACUUGCUGAAAGAGGAAAAAGUCAGAAAGGAAUUGAAGAAAUGGUAACUCAACUUCAAGCUCAACUUAAAGACACUUCUACGUCGAGUUCUUUAAACGUAUCGGUUAUUAAUUCUGAAGACAAAAAUAUUGAUUAUAACGAAAGUUCUUCACAAAAAGAACUUUUUAACAUUUUGCUAAUAAAAGAAAAAAAGAUUACUGAGUUAAGCGCCAAAAGCCAGAAAUUAGAAGGCACUGUAUUGGAUUUACAAGAAAACUUAAAAGAGAAGGAUUCUGUUUUAGACGCUAGAACAAAAGCGAUAACUUUGAUGACAGAAAGCUUGAGUAAAAAGGGAAAACACACUUUAGAUGAACUCGAUGAGACGAAAGAGCAAAUGCGAAAAAUGCAGCAGGAUUUUGUAACUUUAGAAGCGGAAAUGAAAGCAAGACAAUUGACUCUUCUAAGUGAUCUAAAAUUGAAAAAUUAUGAAAUUAGUGAGUUAAAGGAACAUAUCACGUCACUAGAAAGAAAGAAUAUUGAAUUAGAACAAUGCAAGUAUGUCCCUCUAGAAUCUGACAAUAAUGUAGAACUAAUGCAACGCGAUAUACUUAUAGAGAAACUUCAAUCAGAAAACAAGACUUUAACCGAAAAAAUUAAAAACAUAGAGGAAACACAAUUAAAAGUCUUGAGCGAGAAUAAGACACGCGAUGAUGAGCAAAAUGUACUUGAAGAACUUGAAAAACUGAAGAUGGAAAAUCACAAAUUAAUUUCAAAAAUAAAUGACAUGAAAAUUUCUAAUGAAGAUAAGUUAAAAACGAUUAAAGAUGAAAACAAAAGUUUAACUAACGAAAACGAAAAGAAUUUAUUUAAAAUUAAAGAACUGGAAAAUCAACUCGAAGAUGCAUUAACUGAGUUAAAACUUCUGAAAAACAGUGGUAUGGGAGGGACAACCAAAUCUGUUGAACAAGAAAACCAGGAAAUUGCAAAACUAAAAAAACAGCUCGAUGAAGCCAAUAAAAAUAUGAUUAAGACAAGAGCCAUCCAAAAAGGAAAAAUUAAAGAGCUGAACAAAAAACUCGACCAAUUCAGAAAAAUGAACGAUGCAAAUGCUUUAAUCGGACAAUUGCAGAAUGAUAUUGUUAAACUAAAUGAAAAAAUUGCUGAACUUGAAGAUGAAAAGGGAAAUAUGCAAUUAAAAAUGGUGGAAUCUGCAAAUAGCUCAAAAGAAGAUGAUGCGACUAAGCAGCUUGAUGACACAUUUGCGAAACAUAUAGAAGAAAAAGAUAAGGCUAUUCAGAUUCUAGAAACUGAGUUACUUGACUUAAAGGCACAACUAAAUCAAAAAAAUUUAGAGGAAAUUCAAAUCACCAGCCAGGUUUCUUCUGAAAUGUCAUCAAUUUGUUACGAAGAACAAAUUGAUACUUUAAAUAACGAGAAAAAGAAGCUUUUAGAUCAACUAGAAACUUUAAAUAUUGAAAAAGAAAGCAUCUUAGAAGAACUAGAGUUGAUGAAAAAGGAAAAAUCUGAAAUAAAUGCUAAAUUGGAGACGUACAUACAGGAAAAUAUGGAUUUGAUAGAUAAACUGGAAAAAUUAAGUGCGGAAAAAGUUUCAUCUGCUGAAAGUAUCGAGAUUGUUGAAGGAUUGACACAGCAGGAAAAAUUGGAACUGGCUGCAUAUCAGAAACAUUUAAGUCCUGACGAAACCCUGAAAUGUCCUGAAGAUGACCCUCCUGCAGAGUUGGAUGAAAGUGUACAACAACUGAGUGAAGAUACCGCCGAGCUUCUUCAAAGAAUAGAAAUGUUUACCCAAGAACGCAAAGAAGUCAUGCAAAAGAUGGAAAAUCUAAAGGAGGAAAAUACACAUCUUAAUAACAAGUUGAAGGAAAUUGAAAACAACAGGGACAUUUUAGAAGAGACCUACGAACAGUUACAAAACGAAAAAGAGUUACUUGAAAAACAACUUGUUGAGAAGAUUCCAGAAAGCCUAGAAAUACUUCAAAAUAAGUAUGAAAGCUUAAAGCAAGAAAACGAAGGCCUUAGAACAUCUUUGAAACAAUUAGAUAAUGUAAAUCAAGAAAAGUUUAAUUUGGAAGAAAAUUUCAAGGACCUUGUUGAUAACAAUAGUAGUUUAGAGACAAAACUAAACUCAAAUCUUGACGAAAUAAAUAACUAUCAACUAAUUAUCGAAGAAAAUAAAGAAGAAUUGAUCCAUUCAGCUGAUACAAUUACCAAGCUACAAAGCCAACUGGAAGAACGAGAAAACGAUAUACAAGAGCUUAAGAUGAACAUCAGUGAACUACGGGGCGUUAUUAGUGAAUUGCAAGAGCAAGAAACCUUGGAAAACCUGCAAAAGCAACUUGCCGACAAAGACCAAACUAUUACUACACUUCAACAUCAAUUAAGUUUUAAAGAAAAUGAGAUUAAAGUGUUACAAUUCAAUAUUAAUGAAUUGCAAGAAGUUAUACGAGAACUACAGGAGAAUCAGAUGAGUGAACGUGAAUUAAUAAUUAAGUUACAAAGUGAGGUAGAAGACCGUAAUAAAAAUAUUCAUGACCUACAAAGAAAUAUCAGUGAACUGAAAAGUACUGUUGUUGAAUUACACGGAAAUAAUUUGGAGGAUAAAUUAAAAAAUAGUACUGAGACAAUCGAGAAGCUUCAAAAUGAACUAAGUGAGCGUGAAAAAAAUACUGAAGAGUUACAGGCUAAUAUAAUUGAACUUCAAAGUAUGAUAAAUGAAAUGCAUGCUAAGCAAACGAAUAUAGAAGUUAUGGAAAAUGAGCUGGACCAACUAAAAUCUUCACUCACGCACCAUAUAGAAGAAGCGUCAAAAAUUCAGGAAUUACAGACACUAUUAGAGAAUCAACAGAGUGAGAUAGAAAAACUGCGAAAGGAGAUAGCAAAUAAAGACGAAAUUAUAACAAGUUUACACAAAGACAUUGAGGAGAGGAACCAAUCGUUUAAAGUUAUAAGCGGUGAUAUUAAGGAUAAGUACUUGCGACUUCAAAACCAACUAGAAAACAAUGAAGCCCAUGUCUUAGAAUUAACAAAUAAAAACAAGGAACAGUUGGAAAAAAUGAAAAAAAUUGCUGCUAAUCUGAAGAAAAAAACCGUGGCCUACCAAGAACUUGAAGCCGAAUUGAAUCGGGUAAAACAACAAGAGACUGGUUUUAAAAUCAACGAGCUGGAACUCCAGUUAGAAACCAGCGAAGCAGAACUUAGUCGCUUUAAGCAAAAAGUGGACAAAUUGCAACAGGAAAUUGAAAAUCUUCAGCAAAUCAACUCCGAACUUCACAUUAGCAAUACUGACCUUACAGAAAAACUUAACUUAACCUCAAAUAGCUUUAAAGAAAAGUCAUUACUUGAGGAUCAGCUGGAGCUGCGAUUAGCAGAAGUAACCGCUAAUGACGAGGCGCUUAUAAAACAGCUUGAGGAAGUGAAAGAGGAACGUGAGCAGUUAAUAAACAGGAACGCCGAAUUAGAAGAGUUAAUUAAGAAACUCAAAGUUAAGCUAAAAAAAGCACAUGACAAGGUAACUGAGCUUAAAGGGUUGGAGGACACUCUGCAAGAAUCGGAAAACAACAAUAAACAAUUAAAAGCUCAAAUAACAGUUCUUGAAGAACAUCAUAAAUUAAUUCUGGAUCAGAAUGACGCAUGUAAAUCCGACUAUGAAAAAAUUGAAUCGGACUAUCAAAUUCAAUUAGAACAAUUAUCCAAAGCUAAAAAUGAUUUAAUUAUGGAUAAUGAGAAGCUCUUGGAAAAGGUUCAAGAACUUAAUUUAGAAAUAGACCAAUAUAAAUGCCAUAUUAUUGAAAUAGAGCAGAGCAAUGGUGAAGAAAUUAACCAAUUUCAAGUUGAGCUUCAAAAUUCUUCUAAAGACCUUCAGGCUAGCAAAGAAGAGCAGGAACGAAUUAGGCAUCAGUUGAACCUCGAAGUUGGAAAACUUAAAUCCCGGAUAGAGGAACUUGAGUGCAAUCUACAAGAAUCUAAUAAAAAACUUCGACAUUCAGCCGCCGAUAUCGAGAACUUAAAACAAGAAAACCAUAAUUUAAGCCAGGAAAUUAAGGGACUAGAGUUUGCCAAAGCAGCUCUGGAAGCUUCGUGUGAAGCGAGUCAAAAAUUAGAACCCAAAAGAGAUUCUCAGAAACUACUUGACCCUGCAGCAGAGUUGAUUUUAAGUAAUUUCGAACACGUUUCCGGAAAAACUGAUGAAUCUAUAUGUGAAAAUCCCCUUUUCGAUGCUUUUAAGCAGCCACAAGUUACUAGUUCAUCGAUAUUUGAUAGUUUUGCUGAAGAGAAGUCAGUCCCGAUUCAAUCUUCUUUCCAUGUUCCCCAACAAUCUUUUGAUUUUAGUUUAGCUCAACCAAACACUCAAUCUACCAUUGACAAUUUGCAAGGAGUGCCUUCAACGCAUCAAGCAUCAAUUGAAGAUGGACGUGACGCUCUAUUAAAAAAAAUCAAGACCCUUGAGUUCCUUCUGUACAACACCGAUCGCGAAAAAGAAAUUGCUUUGGAUCAGUGUACUGAGUUAGUGUCUGAAAUGACUAAAAUUAUUUGCCAAGAAUCUAAGGGAGAACAAAUUGAACCCCAACAAGAUUCUGUGCGAUUAAGUCAAAAUCCUGAUGAGAUGGAACUGGAGUCCCAAAUAUUAACGGAUGACAAUUUAGACCGCUGUGCUACACCUCCAUUUGCGCCGACCAGUAAAUUAUCUGGUGAGCAAGCGCAUUCAGUGGUUGAAGAAAUUAUCGAACCUAAAAAAGCCUAUAUCUGCUUUGACGAUGAGGGACAGACAUUGAAAGUAAUGGAAGAAAAUGAUGAUGGAUGGGGUUGGGGACCCGAAGAAGCUAGGCUGGAACAGGAACACAUGAAUACUUUGGAAAACUUGCCUCACAUGAAGAACCUAUUGAAGGAAAUUACUCAGUUAAAAGAAAAUGUUAAAAUACUACAUAUGGAAAGGGAGACCUAUCUGGAGGAAAUUAAUCAGCUGCAAAUCAAGUCUGCAAAGCUCUUAAAGAAAUGCAAAGAACUAAAGGCAAAGGGUAACAGUCGAAAAGUGGAUGAUGGUUUAGACGAUACCAUUUUAGAAGAGUUGAAACAUCAAAUAAGUUCAUUGGAAAAAAAAAUUAAAGAAAUAAGUAGCGAAUAUGAGAAAGAAAAAGGUGAAAGAGCGAGUUUGGCAAAUAAACUUGAGGCGGUGACUAGAGCUAAUGAAAAAAUUACUGAAUCAAAACAGAUACUAGAUUCUGAAGUGCUCAGGUGGAAAAGGCUGUACCAGGAAGCACAGGAUAAAUUUGAAAAUCUCGACUGGGGCACUCCAGAUGUUGGACUUCAGAAAACAGAUCCUGCUAUUGAGUCCUCAGCUAAAGUUAAAGAGCUGGAAAACAUUAUUAAAGAUUUAUCUUUAGAUAAUGAAGAUUUGCAAACGUUGCUUGAAGAACAGCGUGAAAAAAUUAAAGAACUCAACAAAGAGUUGCAAAAUAAAAUUACGGAAAGAUCGCAUUUACUACAACAAGUGGAUGAAUAUGAAAAAUUGUGCAAAAUAAGUGGAUUAUCCGAAAAGCAAAAUCUUGCCGAAAAUAAAAUGGAGAAGCUAAAGGACGAAUUAAAUUCAUUAGCUUCUGAAGAUAUACAUUCGCCAAAUAGGCGAUCUCUAGAACAUCUAGAGGAUCAAGUUAAAUAUCUUAGUUUAGAAUUGGAAGAGGAAUUAAAAAAAAAGGAGGAGUUGGAGAAGCAAGUAGGCAUAUUGACAGAAGAGAAUAGACAGUUAAAGGGCAAACAACAGCAUCUUCAAGCAAACUUAGACUGUUUGAUGUCCGAAAAAGUUAUUUUAGAGCAAAAACUAAAUAAUUUAGACAUCGUUUUGCAGGAUUUAAAUAAACAAAUACAGAAAGACGCAACUGAAAAAUCCCAAUUGUCACAGGAAAUAGAGGAGUUAAGUGUCAAAUUAAUUGAAGCAAACGAAAUGGAAAACACAUCGGAAUCUCUAAAGCAGGUAGAAUCAAAAGUUUUGCAGCUUCAAUCCGAAUUAGAACAAUUAACCUCAGAAAAAAUGGAGUUAAUACUAGAAAAAAAUGAAUUAGGACAAAAAUGUGAAGAGCUAAGUCAGUGCGUACAAAAGCAAAUUGCUGAAAAGGCGAAUUUAUUAAAACAAAUUGAUGUGUUGGAUACAGCAAAUACAAAAAUGGUUGAAAUGAAAGAGUUGCAAGAUGCCGAAAUUUCACGUUUAAAAGAAUGUGAAGAAAGUAGUAAAAUUAAGGAUCUCAAAGAAUCUUGCGAUGAUCUUUCAAUGAAACUUGAGACUGAAAAGAAUAAGUAUAGUCAACUAAAACACGAAAUGUUUCUGCUGCAAGAAGAAUUAGAUCGAUUAGUUUCGGAAAAGGCUAUUUUGGCACUUACUGCACAACCAUCAGAAAAUAAACUAGACAAGGAACUAGAAGAAAAACUUAGUAUCAUAGCGCAUCUCGAAACUACUAAUCAAAAUUUAACGUUAAGCAAUGAAGAACUUAAAUUAGAAAUAGCAAAACGAGAUGAAAAUAUAACAGAAUUGAAUUCCAUUAUACAAACGUUGGAAUCAGAAAAAUCGGCCCUUGAAGCCAGGAUUACGACACUAAAUAAACAUUUGGAACAAACCAUUAAUGAUUUAAAUCAAACCUGGCAGAUUCAGGUGGAUCAGCGAGGUGCUGACGUAGCUGAAAGCUGGAAAAUACAUUUAGAAAUGGUUGAAAAGGACUUUAAGGCGAUCCAGUCUAAGCUACAAUCAGGUCUGACAGAACUAGAACAAAAAAAUAAUAUUCUGCUGAACGAAAAUAGCGAAUUGAGAAAAAAUGUGGACCAGGAAAUCAGUAAUGAAAUUGACAAAAUAUCUUUGCUGCAACAGACUAUUAGUGAUAAGGACAAGCAGAUUGAAGAAAUAGAGAAUAACAUGGUUAAUUGUUUAAGUGAAUUAGAAAAAUUACGCAUCGAGGUUUUUGAUAAGAAUCAAAAACUAAGUAGUCUACAUAUAAUUGUGGAAACAACUCAAAAACAAUUUGAUGAAAAAAGGCUUGUGAUUGAAGAAAUUGUUUCUUUGUUAGAAAAAUAUUCUCCGACUUCUCUUUCUUACGAAAAACAGGAUAUUAUUAAGGAAAUUGAGAGACAACUAACAAUUAUUGGUCUAAAGGAGAAUGAAAUAGACACCUUAAAACAAAAUAUUGAUGACAUGGAGAAACUAAUUGCAGCAAAUAAAAGAGAAAUAUCUGGACUUAACCAAAUCAUAGAGGAUUUACAAAAAGAUUUGAGUGUAAUUCAUGAAAAAGAAGCAGAACUCGUUCGACUAAAUACUGAGCUAUGUGCUUUGGAACUAGUGAAACAAGAAAAAGAUUCAGUUAUGUUGGAACUAGAAAAUUUGAAAAAAGAACAUUCUGGAAAUACACGAGAAGUAAUGGAACUAAGACAAUGCCUGGCCGAAAAGACCGACCAAAUAAAACAAAUAAAUCUGGAACAAGCAAAACAAGAUAGAGAAUCUAUAAAUAUGGAGUUUGAGCAAUUAAAACAAAACUAUUCUUCUUCUACAAAAGAGUUAGCAGAAGUUAAACAAAGCCUACAUGACAAGAACGAAUAUAUUGAGCAGUUGAUUCAGCAGUUAAACGAUUUCGAUGAGAGAGCCAGAUAUGACAGCAAUAAAGAAGUGGAGCAAUUAAGAAAAGAGUGUGAUAAGCUUAAGGAGGAAAAUUUACUACUUCAGGAUCGUCUUACGGAGAUUAAGGCACAACUAAAAGAAACUACUCAAAAGCUCUUCCAAAAAGAGCAAGAAAUUCAAGAAUUAAAUGGAAAUAUGAUGCAAUAUUAUCAACAAAAUAUGUAUUACGAACAAGAGGUAAAUCGAUUAAACGGAUUAAUUAACGAGAAAGAUAUUGAAUAUAAUAAUUCGUUGGAAAUGCUAAAGAAUAACCAAUUGUCUGAUAUUCAACGACAUUAUGAUGAGAUUUUAUCUAAUAAAGAUUUAGAUAUUAAUGUAUUAAAAGGACAAAUUCAAGAGCUGGUCGAGGCCAAUAAAAGUGACUAUGAAAGGUUUAACCAAGCGGUCCACGAGAAACAAGACUUAGAGCAGAAACUUGCCGAGCAGAAUAAACUGUUGGACGAAGAUACCAAGCAGUUAGAGGAACUUAAGCUUGUAAUAGAAGAUCAAGAAAGCAGGAUCGCACAGAUCAGAAAACAACUGUUUGAUAAAAGUAAUCAGUAUGAUUCUUUAAUAGCAGAAAUGGACGUUGGAAGGAUUCCAGUUACCAAACAACCCAUCGGCGGGACUUUAGAGUCAGUGUCACAAUCUCUUUCGGAGUCUUCAGAUACGGUCAGCAGAGCGGAACUAGAUUUCGUAACUUAUAUAUUACACCAGCGUGAUGUUAGAUGUGAAGAGUUAACAGUAGAAGUGAGACAAUUGCUGGAGGAAAGGGAUACCCUACAAUUAAAAUUGUCAAACGCUAUUAGAGAAAAGGAAGUAUUAAAUAUGACAGUCGCAGAAUUAAGAAAGGCUGUACUUGGAGAAGACGAGAAGGAUUCUUCCAACCAAGCUAAAUUGACGAGUUCAGAACCUUCCACGUCUUCCCCCAGUAAAUCAUCAGCGAUAUUUUUGGCGGCUUCUGGAACAGAAUUAGCUAAAGAUCCGUUAGAUAGUAAUCAAAGCCUAGCUAUGAAAUUAUCAGAACUAAAGAAAGUAGGGUAUAAAAAAGAUAAAACGUUCGUCGACGAACAGGAAGCAAGGAGAUUGCAACAACUUGCCGUGAUGCACGAGCAUAUAAGCGAAGUCGCAAAAUUGCCACCAGAAGCUGCAGCCAAAUUAGUUGACGCUAGUUACACGCUUUCUCGUGACGUCCAAAGUCCCUCAAAAGUACUGCUGAAUUGGCUUUGGGGCAAAAAUCCGCCCAAGGCAAAUGAGUCAUAACGACGAUAUCAGAAAAAAACUUCUUAUGUUCAGGAAUAUAACACCAAAACAAGCCACUCAAACUUCAAGAAAGAAAAUAAAAUGUUUAAAAAAGUUUAAACAUGGCCCUUGAAAAUAAUAAUAAAUAAUAGUAGUAGUGUGAUAUUUACUGUUUAUAAUUUUGAUAAUAUAUAUUAAGUACAAAGUUUUUAUGUCAAAUAACAUACAUUUUGUUGUAUUUUGAAAAUAAUAUAAAUUAAUGAUGUUUUA